AUGACUAUUCCCGCCAUCAGGGUAGCUCCCUCCGCUGCCAAUCGUGCACUAUCCCUUCUCCGCACCAUCCAAUUCACCCAUCCMCCCAAUUGUCCCUGCCACACCAACCCCGGCCACCACCAUCACCACCAGCGCCAACAAAUCAGCCUCGCCAAUAAUGUACGCCGACACCUCGCUACUCCGACCGACCCUUCGCAGCAGAAGGAGUACGCCUUUGAGAUGGCUGCGUCCAGUAUCCGAUUCGGACCUGGUUCAACCAAGGAAGUCGGUAUGGACUUUAAGAACAUGGGCGCGAAGAGGGUCUGUAUCGUGACGGAUACGAAUGUGGCUCAAUUGGAUGCUAUGAAGCAGGCUACCGAGGGUUUGGCGAGAGAGGGUGUGGAAUUCACCGUGUUUGAUAAAGUCCGCACUGAGCCAAAGGAUAGUUCAAUCAAGGAAGCCAUUGCUUUUGCUAAACCUUAUAACCCUGACGCAUUCCUGGCUGUUGGCGGCGGUUCCGUCAUCGACACCGCCAAAUUAAUGAACCUGUACACUGUCUUCCAUGACGCCGACUUCCUCGACUUUGUCAACGCCCCCCUCGGCAAAGGUCUCCCCAUCACCAAGCCCUUAAAACCACUCGUAGCCGUUCCCACCACUGCGGGAACAGGCUCCGAAACCACCGGUACAGCUAUCUUCGACCUCGUAUCCAAAAAGGCCAAAACAGGCGUUGCGCAUCGCGCGCUCAAACCUACUCUGGGAAUCUGCGACCCUUUGAACACACGGACCAUGCCCAGUGCCGUCCACGCCUCCUCCGGUCUCGACGUUCUCUGCCAUUCCCUCGAGUCAUACACCGCUAUUCCAUACUAUGAGCGCAAACCCCGUCCAACAAACCCCAUUAACCGCCCCGCUUAUCAAGGUGCAAACCCUAUAUCAGAUAUUUUCUCCCUAAACGCCCUCCGUAGCACAGUCAAAUACCUCCCUCGCGCCGUCAGGGAUCCCGAGGACUUCGAAGCACAGGAACAAAUGCUACUCGCCGCGACACUCGCGGGUGUCGGAUUCGGUAACGCCGGUGUCCAUUUGUGUCAUGGUAUGAGCUACCCGAUCUCCGGUCAAAACCCAGGCUACAAACACGCGGGCUACGCGGUUGAUCACCCCAUCAUCCCGCACGGCGUCUCGGUCGCGGUCACCGCGCCCGCCGUGUUCAAAUUCACGGGCGCCUCAAAUCCAGACCGCCAUCUCGAAGCCGCCGCUGCAUUCGGCGUGGAUGUCUCGAACAUCAAGCGCGAGAGCGCCGGUGAAGUUCUGAGUGAGGCAAUUGCGAAAUUCCUGGUUGGGUUGGGUGAUCAGCCGCGCGGCUUGAAGGAUUUGGGUUUUGGUUCGGGGGAUAUUGAUGGGUUGGUGGAAGGGACGAUUCCGCAGAAGAGAGUCUUAAUGUUGGCACCUAGUUUGAGUGAGGAGUUGAAUGCUGAGAAGGAGGAGUUGAGGGCCUUGUUUGAGGAGUCGAUGGAGUAUUAG